AUGUUACUGCCACUAUACGGAGUUACAUUCAUAGGACUCGCAGCUGCGACGUGCUAUGAGCCAUCGUUUGCCCAUCCUCCACCGGACUAUGACCGCGACCAUCCAAUUCUAAAGGAUGCCUUGACGCACCUCCACGACGUACUUACAAUAGCCCUAGGUGAUCCCAAAUACAAUUCGACGUCCAUAUCAGUCGAAGUUACCUCGUCAAAGGAAUCGCUAUGGGAAUUCCACCAUAGCGCGCGCGAACGUAAUGCCUCUCGUCCCGACAUACCACACGUUAACGGCAGCGCACUGUACCGCAUUGCGAGCAUCACCAAGACAUUCACUGUGCUAGGCUUACUGCAGCAACAUGCUGCAGGGAACCUCAGCCUCGACGACCCUGUAGAGAAAUACAUAACUGAAUUGAAUGGACCCCAGAAUGGCACGUUGCCUUGGAAGGAUAUAACACUGCGGUCUCUAGCCAGCCAACUCAGUGGUAUACCGCGCGAACUUGCUCAAUCCGAUCUCAUCAAUGAGGGAAAUUUGCACAUCAGCCCAGAUGAUUGGGGCCUGCCACCAGUUUCUAGAGAAGGCCUGAUUACGUGCGACGAGUAUUCGGAAAACUAUCAUGAACCAUGUACCGCAAGCGACUUGAUUAGAUCCGUCAAAUCUUACCAUCCCGUAUUCGCACCGAAUCAGCAGUCUACCUACUCCAACAUUGCGUUUGAAUUAAUCGCCCUUGUAAUUGCGAAUGUCACCAAUCAGACAUACGAGUCCUACAUUGAUGACGCCAUAUUUAAGCCGCUGGGUAUGGGUAGAAGCACCUUCUCUGUCCCACCGGAUAGUGAAGGCGUGAUUCCGCUAUGGCCGCAUUAUUGGGACGUCGAUGAAGGCGUCCAAAAUCCUACUGGCGGCAUUUUCACCUCAUCGAAUGAUCUGUCUAAGUUUCUGCGGCAUGUCCUUACCAGGUACAACGGCAUCACACACGCCCUCAAUUGGAUGCAUCCCGUAUCGCCAUCGAAAGACUUGCAUAGCUUCUACGGCAUGCCGUGGGAGAUCUUCCAGAGCGACCGCGUGCUGUCCAACUCACAACGCGCGAUCAGAUUCAUCACCAAAGGUGGCGGUCUUCCAAGUUACACUUCUUUGGUAAUCCUAAUCCCUCAGUAUGAUCUCGGCAUCUCUCUCCUCUUAGCCGGACCGCCCGACUUCUUCGCCACACUGCGAGAAACUGUAAGCAUCGGAUUGGCUCGCGCUGCUGAACAGAUUGCCAUUUCAACACUAGAGCAGGGCUACGCGGGCCGAUAUAUCUCCGCCGAUCCCAAGCUUAAUUCGUCCUUAGUACUCGAAGCUGACCACCGUGGGCUGCUCGUGAAGGAAUUCAUAUCCAACUCAACAGACGUACUGCAAUCCGGCCUCCUUCGAUAUCUUGGUCGGCCAGAAGACAAGCCAUGGUAUUUGCUCCUGAUACCUACUUUGUUGUACCGCGACGAAGAGAACCAGAAGGGCGAAAUUUGGCGUUUGCACAUCGCCACCGAACGACCCAGAGAAGAAACCGAGGUUUGGGACGAUUUUUGCAUAACGGAUAUCGAGGGGUUAUUGUACGGCGGCAUCCCUAUCAAUCAGGCCGUCAUCUGGAAAGGGCCCUACGGGCUCGUCUACGAUAUAGAUCUCGAAGGUUUCAGAGCUAGUAUGGUUCGCAUCUUCGCGCAUGGUCACACUGCAUCACAUAUUGAAGAGCAUGAGCAGAUGGAGUUGUGA